CUGCUCCAGCUAAACUCUAAGAGGAAAGAGGAGAGAGAGAGAGAGAGAUUCAAUAAUAUGCAGCAGAAAGGGUGAAAAAAGAGCUAAUUGGUUCUCCUCUCUUUGAUUGAUCCAUCCACCGAUCCAUUCAUUCGUUUUUGCAGGCUCUGUUUCCGCGGGAAACCCCUCGUUGACCUUGUUUUGAUUUCGGCAAAGGAGAAGGAGGGAUCCACGGAUAUGGCGAUUCUGUACGCUCUCGUGGCUCGUGGUACGGUCGUUCUUUCCGAGUUCAGCGCCACGGCUACGAAUGCCAGCAACAUCGCCAAACAGAUCCUUGAGAAGGUCCCUGGAAACGACGACAGCAACGUCUCCUACUCUCAGGAUCGUUACGUCUUUCACGUUAAACGCACCGAUGGCCUCACCGUUCUCUGUAUGGCUGAAGAAACCGCCGGAAGGAGUAUUCCUUUUGCGUUUCUUGAGGAUAUUCACCAGAGGUUCGUACGGACUUAUGCCAGGGCUGUUCAUACAGCACAAGCUUAUGCCAUGAAUGACGAAUUCUCUAGAGUUCUCAGUCAGCAGAUUGAGUAUUACUCUAAUGAUCCUAAUGCAGAUAGGAUUAAUCGUAUUAAGGGUGAAAUGAAUCAGGUGCGGGGUGUCAUGAUAGAGAACAUUGACAAAGUUCUAGAUAGAGGUGAACGCUUGGAGCUUCUUGUCGAUAAAACCGCCAAUAUGCAGGGGAAUACAUUCCGUUUCAGAAAGCAAGCUCGUCGUUUCAGAAGCAACGUCUGGUGGAGAAAUUGCAAGCUCACGGUUCUCUUAAUACUACUACUACUGGUGAUCAUAUACAUCGGUGUGGCCUUUCUCUGCCAUGGACCUACUCUACCAUCUUGCAUUUAAGUGCUUUUAUCUCUUAAGGAAUCCAUCCCGGUUCUGUGUGUUGCUGCCACUUUUUUUCUACCUCAAUCUGAUUGUAAGCCUCCUGUUUCCUCGGGCUUGUUCAUGGGGCUUAAAAUCCUUAUGUUUUCAACUCACACUUAUAUGAAGUAUUCUUAUUUAUAGAGCACUGUAAAAGCUCAUUGCCUUGCAAGCUGUGUGAAUUUUUGUUGUCAUCACGUUCUAUACAUAGUGGGAAGUGAACAGGCUUGUUUCGUCUGAUAUGUUCAUACAACUUGUCAUGUUCUUCUUGUUUAUGUGACUUCCUCUCAUAUAAUCUUCUGCUAAGGGAUUUGUUCAUUAUUUUAAA